CGGGGUGCCAUCGUGGCGGCCCCCCCCCGUCCCCCUCCUACCUGCUUUCCACCCCGGGCCGGGACCUCGCUGACGUCCGCGAGCCGCUGCUCCAACUCCGCCGACUGCGCCCGAACGGUGUUGAGAGAGAGAGAGAGCAGCGGGGAUAGAGACGUGGAGAGAGGGAGAGACGCAGAGAGAGACAGGCGUGGAGAGACGGAGACACAGAGAGAGACAGAGGCGUGGAGAGACGGAGACGCAGAGAGAGACUAAGGAAGCCGAGAAGCAAGACCGGACGCGAGACCAGACCAAGGACAAGUUCAGCCGCCCCUGGAGCCCCGGCCCCGCCUUCAUGCCCAGCAGGUGCCCCGCCUGGCCCAUCCUCCCAGGAACACCUCGGCCGGUGCUGCAGGCAGUCUGACUCGUGGUUGCGCUCGUGACAGCUGAGCACCUGAGGAUGGCCCAGGUCCUGCACGCGCCAGCCCCCUUCCCAGGGACCCCCGGCCCGGCCUCCCCGCCCGCCUUCCCCCCCAAGGAGCCCGACCCGCCCUACUCGGUGGAGACGCCCUACGGCUACCGGCUGGACCUGGACUUCCUCAAAUACGUGGACGACAUCGAGAAGGGCCACACGCUGCGGCGCGUGGCCGUGCAGCGCCGCCCGCGCCUGGGCUCCCUGCCCCGCGGGCCUGGCUCGUGGUGGACGUCCACCGAGUCGCUGUGCUCCAACGCCAGCGGCGACAGCCGCCACUCGGCCUACUCCUACUGCGGCCGCGGCUUCUACCCGCAGUACGGCGCCCUGGAGGCCCGCGCCGGCUUCAACCCGCGCGUGGAGCGCACGCUGCUGGAUGCCCGGCGCCGGCUGGAGGACCAGGCGGCCACACCCACCGGCCUGGGCUCCCUGACCCCCAGCGCCGCGGGCUCCACCAGCUCCCUGGUGGGCGUGGGACUGCUGCCCCCGACGCCGCGGAGCUCGGGCCUGUCCACGCCGGUGGCGCCCAGCGCCGGGCACCUGGCGCACGUGCGCGAGCAGAUGGCAGGGGCGCUGCGCAAGCUGCGGCAGCUGGAGGAGCAGGUGAAACUGAUCCCGGUGCUGCAGGUGAAGCUGUCGGUACUGCAGGAGGAGAAGCGGCAGCUCUCGGUGCAGCUCAAGAGCCAGAAGUUCCUGGGCCACCCCGCGGGGCCCCGGGCCCGCGGGGAGCUCUGCCUCGACCUCCCCGACACCCCCGAUGACCCGGCGGCGCUGGAGACCCGGAGCGUGGGCACCUGGGUGCGGGAGCGGGACCUGGGCGUGCCCGACGGGGAGGCGGCGCUGGCGGCCAAGGUCGCCGUGCUGGAAACCCAGCUCAAGAAGGCGCUCCAGGAGCUGCAGGCGGCCCAGGCUCGGCAGGCGGAGGCCCAGCCCCAGCCCCAGGCCUGGCCGCCGCCUGACAGCCCGGUCCGCGUGGACACCGUGCGGGUGGUGGAGGGGCCGCGAGAGGUGGAGGUGGCGGCCAGCACAGCCGCGGGGGCCCCCGCGCAGCGGGCCCAGAGUCUGGAGCCCUACGGGGCCGGGCUGCGGGCGCUGGCCACGGCCGGGGCGGCCGAGGGCCCCGCCGUGUUCCACAGCCACGAGGUGGUGGAGGCCAUGUGCCCGGCGCCCACCGCGUCCACUGGCAACGUCCACGCCGUGAAAAAGAUCAGCAUCACGGAGCGGAGCUCCAACAGGGCCACAGGUCUACCCCAGGCCCCUGCAGAGUCAUCGCCAUCACCCCCUGCAUCUACAGCGGCCUCCCUGGCACAGCCCGAGAAGGAUGCAAGCCAUGUUCCCUCCCAGGAUGCCGCCAACAGGGAGCCCACCAGGCAUGCGGCCACUCGGGGGUCAGAGGAAGCCGGGGCUGUGGGCGGGCCCCAGGCGGGCGUGCGUUCCAUCAUGAAACGGAAGGAGGAACCCACAGAGCCAGCCGCCCAGCGCAGGAGCCUCCAGUUUGUGGGCGUCAACGGCGGGUACGAGUCGUCCUCCGAGGACUCCAGCACCGCAGAGAACUUCUCCGACAAUGAGAGCACAGAGAACGAGACCCCGGGGCCGGAGGAGGCGGUUCCCAGCGUGGCUGAAGCCCCCCAGCUCCGGCCCACGGGGGCAGCGGGCGCCAAGGGCAGCCGACAGGAGUGCCAGCUGUCCCGGGAGUCUCAGCAUGUGCCCACGGCUGAGGGGGCCUCGGGACCUGGUGCGGAGGAGGAGAUCCGGAUGGAGCUCAGCCCCGACCUCAUCUCCGCCUGCUUGGCUCUGGAGAAGUACCUGGACAACCCCAGCGCCCUCACCGAGCGGGAGCUGAAGGUGGCCUACACCACGGUGCUGCAGGAGUGGCUGCGCCUGGCAUGCCGCAGCGACGCCCACCCCGAGCUGGUGCGGCGCCACCUGGUCACCUUCCGGGCCAUGUCGGCGCGCCUGCUGGACUACGUGGUCAACAUCGCCGACAGCAACGGCAACACGGCGCUGCACUACUCCGUGUCCCACGCCAACUUCCCCGUGGUGCGGCAGCUGCUAGACAGCGGCGUGUGCCAGGUGGACAAGCAGAACCGGGCCGGCUACAGCCCCAUCAUGCUCACCGCCCUGGCCACCCUCAGGAGCCAGGAUGACAUAGAGACCGCCCUUCAGCUCUUCCGGCUCGGGGACGUGAACGCCAGAGCCAGCCAGGCCGGGCAGACGGCCCUGAUGCUGGCGGUCAGCCACGGGCGCGUGGACGUGGUCCGAGCCCUGCUGGCCUGCGAGGCGGACGUCAAUGUCCAGGACGAUGACGGCUCCACGGCCCUCAUGUGUGCCUGCGAGCACGGCCACAAGGACAUCGCGGGGCUGCUGCUGGCCGUGCCCAGCUGCGACAUCUCGCUCGCCGACCGCGAUGGGAGCACGGCUCUCAUGGUGGCCCUGGACGCGGGGCAGAGCGAGAUCGCGUCCAUGCUGUACUCGCGGAUGAACAUCAAGUGCUCGUUCGCCCCGAUGUCGGAUGACGAGAGCCCCGUGUCGUCCUCCGCGGAAGAGUAGCCAGGGGGGCCGUCGGGAGCCUGCCCGGGCCUCGUCCCCAACCUGGCCACCCCCUACGCCCAAGGCUCAAAGGCAAAGGCCUCUGACAGCGCCAGGACUCCGGCUCCAGGCGGAUUUUCCAAGGCACCACCGCGCGGACCCAAGUGAAACCCUUGGUGUGCCAGGGGCCAAGGCUGCGGAGGGGGGGUGUGGGUUUUCUGAAGAUCCCGCAAUCCGCCGGCAGUUAUGGGCGGAGGAGGGAGAGAGGGGGAAAAUCGUGGUUUUUUUGAGUCACUGCUGGGGGCUGAGUCGCCAUCUACCCUCACCCCUGUCCGCCCCCCAGCUGAUUGGUGAAUGAUCCUGUUGGGUGCACUUCCCCCACCCCACCCCAGGGUGCCUCACCCUUGUCCCCCAUCCCCCACCCCCGUUCAAGUUCAAGGGCUUCCCGGACACCCCCACCCCCAACCCCCAGCCUCCCGGGCCUGGUGGUAACCGGGUGAGGACCGGGAUGCUACCCGGAAAAAUACAUCCCGUCCUCGCCGGGAGCCCUGGCCGCUGUCGCCUCUCCUCGAAAAUCCAUCCGCCAGACCCGGGGACACAUGAAAAGGAUCCUGCGGUCCAAGCGGCCGCCUGUCCCGGGGCGCAGCGCUGGGGGAACGCGGCCCGGCCCAUCUCCUCCUCCCUGCCGCUCCAGCUCUGCCCCUCUCCAAGGAGAGAAAACAGGGCAUGUGUGUGUUGGCACAGGACAGGGCAAGCUCCAAAAACGCCAUGUGUGCUCCAUUAAAACUUGGCUGCACCCCCGAGGACUCCCGGGGAAACUUAAAGAGACAGGCCGAGAAAGCAAACAAGGGCAGCUGGGAUUUUUUUGUCUUGUUUUGUUUCUUUUUCAACAACCUCGAGACUUUGCGGAGCUGGCUGGAACCGAGCCUGCGGGAGGCCCUAGAAGUUUCCAUCAGCGCCAGCGUCGCCCGCGGAACCACAGCGUCCGUCUCUCUCACGGCUUCCUGGCUUUCCCGUGUGCCUUGUGCUUGGGGAGUGCGCUCCCUACCAGAUACGAAUGUCCUUCAGAAAGGUCAUGGAAAGUGGAAUUCGAAGAUGGGUUUAUUUUGGUGCCAAAAAAAAAGUUUGAAGCCCGUACCUCCAAGGGAGCCGGCAUGCGUUCCCGGGAAGCGCAUCUUAGCAAAACAAGGAGUGGCCUCUAGCUCGCCCAAAUAAACCCAUCUGUCCCUUGCAUUUUCACACACGCUUUUUUGAGAGCCCCUCCUAUGCCACCGCUUUUCCCGUCCCCUUCUCAGCUCAACCCACAGGGCCUUGAAGCCAAACCCGAGCGGGACCCAGGAGGCCCCCGGAGCUCGCAGGCAGAGCCGAAUGCCGGCCUCCCUUUCCGGAGAGCUGGGGCCUGGGCUUGCUGAAGUCUGGCUGGCUUCGGUGCUCAUGGAGAUGGCCUGCAGAGGAAGGGACUUGGAUAGGAGCACGAGACAACCAGGCCAGACAGACGGUGGAUGGAUGGGUGGAUGGAUGGGCGGGUGCCUGGAUGAGUGAUGGAUGGACAAGGGAGUGGGUGGGUGAGCAGGUGGAUGGGUGGAUGUCUUGAGUAGGAGUGUUUGUGUGCAAACUGGAGAGAAAAGAAAACCCAGGCUGGCUGAAGACAGCCACUGGCCUGUGUGUGAUGGGAAGCGGCGCAGGAGCUGGGUUCCUGGAUCCAGCAGGUGCACUCCUUUAAGCUCCUGGAAGCACGUCUGUGGCCCAGGAGUGCCUGGCCCCUCCGAGACGUCCCUGUGCGCCCCUGCCCUUCUCCCUGCGUCUGCCUCGGGCUGCAGGAGGCCUGCCCUCGCGCCUGUUCUCACGUGUACUCACGAGCUUUACUCUCACCUUCUGAUCACGGUACGCCCAUAAAGACAGUAUUACACGCAA